ACAUUAAAUUAUAACUCUCCAGUAGCAUAAGAACCCUCCCGCUACUCCGCAUAGCACAUAUUCUUUCCUCCUUUGUUCCGUAAACAACAGGGAAAACCAGAGAGAGAGAGAGACGGCUAAAUCAAUCGACUGAAGCUUAUUUAAGCAGUUGCAUCUUGUUGUAAUCUAUUGGAGGAAAUUGAACAAUUGCUUCUUCCUUAGUUCUUCUAGAGUGAAUAUCCAUUUAUGGGUUCGUUGGCAGAACCAACACGUGAAACAAGUUGCAAAAAGCCCCCUGGAAUUGGAUUGAUAGAACACAUUAUCGGAAUAAAAAUUUCCUUCAAAACCCAUCAAGCCAUUGUUUUAAUUUUAACAUUUUUGGCAUAUGCUAGCUAUCAUGCCACUCGGAAAACCACUAGCAUUGUCAAGAGUACACUUGAUCCUGAAGCUUCAGAUGUGAGCUUGAAAUUCAUCCCUUGGAGGAAAACUUACCUUCAUGAACCAGCUGAAAGUAGAAAGUUAUCAUGGAAGCUGGGAGAUGGGUGGGCUCCAUUUAAUGGGUCAGAUGGGACUUCCCUGCUCGGCGAGCUUGAUGUGGCGUUCCUUUCUGUAUAUGCUUUUGGGAUGUAUUUCUCUGGUCAUUUGGGCGAUAGACUGGAUCUGAGGGUCCUUUUAACAGUUGGAAUGAUUGGAACUGGUUUGUUCACUUCAUUAUUUGGAGUAGGGUACUGGGGAAAUAUCCAUAAUUACUUCUACUUCUUGAUAGUACAAAUGGUGGCUGGUUUGUUUCAAUCAACUGGGUGGCCUUCAGUUGUUGCAGUCGUUGGCAACUGGUUUGGAAAGAGUAAGAGAGGGCUAAUCAUGGGUAUCUGGAAUGCUCACACCUCCGUUGGGAAUAUCACUGGUUCUCUAAUUGCCUCUGCUUUAUUAAGUUAUGGGUGGGGUUGGUCAUUUGUCGUGCCGGGUCUUAUAAUUGCUUUUCUUGGCUUGAUGGUUUUCUUCUUUCUGCCUGUCAAUCCUGAAUCUGUUGGAGCUGACAGAGAAGAAGAUGAAUUGAAUUCUCCCUGGAAAAUUGGGGAGGAAGUAAGAGAACCUUUAUUGAGAACAGAGACAGAAGUAAAAGAGAGAGCUGUGGGAUUCAUAGAAGCAUGGAAAAUUCCCGGUGUUGCUCCAUUUUCUCUUUGCCUCUUCUUUGCCAAAUUGGUUGCUUAUACAUUUCUCUAUUGGCUUCCCUUCUACAUUAGCCAUACAGCAAUAGAUGGGAAGUAUCUAUCCAGUGCGGCAGCUGGAAACCUUUCAACUUUAUUCGACGUUGGAGGGGUGGUUGGAGGCAUCCUAGCUGGCCAUAUUUCGGAUCGCCUAGACGCCAGAGCCAUAACAGCAGCAAGUUUCAUGUAUUGUGCAAUUCCUGCUCUGUUCUUCUAUAGGAGCUUUGGAAAUAUCUCCUUGACCUUAAACAUAGUUCUUAUGUUCAUCACUGGCAUGUUUGUAAAUGGGCCGUAUGCUCUUAUAACAACUGCUGUCUCAGCCGAUUUAGGAACCCACAGUUCAUUAAAGGGGAACUCGCGGGCAUUGGCAACUGUAACUGCGAUCAUUGAUGGAACUGGCUCGCUUGGGGCUGCUGUUGGACCGUUAUUGACCGGUUAUAUUUCUGCCAAGAGCUGGAGUGCAGUUUUCACAAUGCUUAUGGCUGCAGCUCUAAUCGCAGGGCUGCUUCUUACUAGGCUUGUUGUAGCUGAGGUUACUGCAAAGCUGGCUGAAUCAAGGUCACAAGGAAGACAACAAUCAAGGUCUCCAUCAGGGACAAUUGAAGAAGUGUGAUAUAUUACAAUUGAAGAAGGGUGAUUUGGUUUUAUAUUGUAUCUUGUGUAAUUCUCUUUGCAUAGGAUAUUACAAGCUCUGAUUUACACAAGGAAAAAAAAAAAAAAUGAAGAGGGCAAAACCCUCUGGUUAUGUUGAAAGAUAGGAGAGAUUGGUUUUAAUUCUCUCGGAGUAAGGUAAGGAAAAAUCAGAAGAGGAAUCAGUUAAAAGAUUCUUCAAUGUCUGUAUAUACGCAUUUUUUAUAUAUUGUAUCAAUUGAAAGAUAGCAUUGUUUAGAAGGCUGUCUUUCUGCUCAGGAAUUGCUACUCAUUUGGCUAAA